UCGGGUCCAUUCAACAUCUUAUAACAUUCGCCUGAAGCACACGUUGGACGUCCGUGAUGACUGAUUUUGUACUGAGAGCAUUUCUUAGAAUAUGCGCAGGAGUCGAACUGCGCAAACGUUUCGACGGUUUACGAUUACGAGUGAUAUUUGGUGUACGGAUGUACGAAACAUUGCAUAAUCCGCAGUCACUUUAGCAGCCGUAAUCUUUAUAUUGUACGUUGAAAUGAUACCGCGAUGGAGAAGGAUAUUAUCAAAGUUAUUUAUAAUACCCCAACGAUACGUCUUGGGGCUUAUGGGACUGUUGGCGGUAUGCAACGCGUACACAAUGCGGGUUUGUCUGAACUUAGCUGUCACUCAAAUGGUCAAUAACACUAAGAACGAGGAGUCACACUUCGAUCCCGACGCGUGUCCAGACGAAAGCGAACUUUUGGUUAAUGGCACCGCUAUUAUAAAACCGCAUGCCUACUUCGACUGGUCCGAAUCAACUCAAGGUCUGAUACUAAGUGGGUUUUACUAUGGGUACGCACUGACUCAUGUCCCCGGCGGAUAUUUGGCGGAGAAAUAUGGGGGAAAAUGGACACUGGGUAUCGGGUUAUUGAGUACAGCAUUGUUCACCCUGCUGACCCCUAUCGUUGUGAAUGCGGGAGGUGCAACUUGGUUGUUCAUACUGCGCGUGUUGCAGGGAAUGGGUGAGGGUCCCACAAUGCCAGCUUUGAUGGUAGUUCUGGCAAGAUGGGUUCCACCACACGAAAGAUCUCGGCAGGGUGCAUUGGUAUUCGGUGGUGCUCAAAUUGGAAACAUCUUCGGGUCUUUCAUGUCUGGCAUCCUCAUGGCAGGGGACGGACAUUGGGCCAAUGUGUUUUACUUCUUUGGUUGUUUUGGAAUAUUGUGGUUUAUAUUUUGGAGUGUUUUGUGCUACAGCACGCCUAAUACCCAUCCAUUCAUAUCGGACGAAGAACUCAAGUAUUUGAACGAAACUAUAACGAGUUCAGACAACAAAAGCGCAAGAGAUCCAAUACCAUGGAAAGCCAUUUUGAGAUCGGUACCGGCUUGGGCUCUAUUAUUUGCGGCUGUUGGUCACGAUUGGGGUUACUAUACAAUGGUCACCGACUUACCAAAAUACAUGACGGAUGUCCUGAAAUUCAACAUCGCUACCACCGGUACAUUAACAGCAAUACCAUAUCUCGCUAUGUGGGUAUCGUCGUUUAUCUUUGGCUGGAUUUGCGAUGUGUGUGUAAAGCGCGGUUGGCAUUCUAUAAAGGCGGGGAGAAUCAUAUAUACGUCCAUUGCUGCCACUGGUCCGGCGAUCUGUAUAAUCCUCGCAUCAUACUCUGGCUGUGACAGGUUCGCAGCUGUUGCAUAUUUUAUAGCCUCUAUGGCCCUAAUGGGUGGAUAUUAUAGUGGGAUGAAGGUGAAUGCAUUAGAUUUAGCACCAAACUACGCCGGUUCGUUGACAGCUAUGAUCAAUGGGACAUCAACUCUCUCAGGGAUAAUUACACCGUAUUUGAUUGGACUUUUAACGCCCGAUUCAACACUAGCCCAAUGGCGUAUCGCCUUCUGGAUUUGCUUCGCUGUACUAGUCGGUACCAACAUAAUUUAUAUAAUCUGGGCAGAUGGCAAACAACAAUGGUGGGAUGACGUCAGACGCCACGGUUACCCCACUGGCUGGAAACACGGCCCACUAAAAAUGUCUGAUGAUGACAAAGAGAAGAGCAAAAAGAAGGAAGCAGAAGGCACGACUUUGUAGAAUAAUUCUAGAAUGUACUCGUAAGGACACUUAAAUUGAACAUAUAUAUUUAUUUGUAUAGAUUAAAUAGCGAUAAUUACGAUGUAGCAAUGUUUUAUGUAAUUGCAUUGAUUUGAUGAAUGCUAUGUUUUAAAAGAAUUAAUAUAAAUAAUUUAGCGCAAUUAAACUACUGUUUUAGAAUACAAAAUGAAUUAAAAUUGCGCAGUUUUGUUCUGGCGUAAAUGACACGAAUUCGCUGUCUGCGAACAAUAACGACAGGGCUUUUACUGUUUAAUUAUAAAAAGCGUUUUUUGAUUAAAAGGAAGUGCAUGUUCGCACAAAUGUUUUUAUGCAUCUGCAAACGCUUGAGAUUUUUUUUUCAUAAAAUAUUUCACUGCGCGUUUUUAAGCAAUAAUGUUGCUUUUGUAAUAUUUUCAAAAUCGCAACUUCACUUCAGUUGAAAAGCCUGUAAAGUAUUAUACGGUAAUUUUUUGAAGGAAUUUUCCUAGUGCCAUGUGAAUAAUAGCUUGAAUUUAUAUGUUAAGAGACGCUUAAGAUUAUAUUAACUCAUAUUAUAAACUAACAUUUACCAGUAUUGAAUAUGCUGUGAAAUAAGAUACCGUUAUGUAUUUUUUUAUUUUGCUGUUAUAAAUUAAAUAAAAAAUUACAACAGAAACCUUUAUGUACCUAUUUUAUGGUUGUUACAAGUAGGAUUGUCCUUGACUUAAUAUUAUUAAUUUAUUUAUUGUGUACAUCAAUGAAAGAUAUUUAUAUUUUAUAGCCUUGCCUGUGUGUGCUAAGUAUACUAAGUUAGGUAGCUUAAAUCGGACACAGUUACUUAAUAUUUAUAUAAUUUGAUAAAGAAAUAGAAUAAAAAUGUGUGAUAGAGUUGUACUUUGUGAUAUCGUUUUAAAUCUUUGAAGAAUUAUGCUAGUGUAAAUGUUUAAUUGUAAAUAUAAAUUAAAAGCAUCAAUUAUA